AGGAAAGAGAGGCAAAAAAGCUGGCAAGAAGAAGCACAGCGAAGGGAAGGGGAAAGGCAAGAGCACUGCCAAAUCGCAAAUGCUAGAUGAAGACAAUGAUUGAGCGAUUUCAAUGGUGUUGCGGAAUUGAGGCUUUGAGUCAUGGCUGAACAUACAGGGACAAAUUUGCCCAAAGGUUCAGGAGGCUUGAAGUAUGAAGAGGGGAAGCCUGAUACGGUAGGAGAGUCAGAGGUGCACGUUCCACAGAAGCUGUCAGAAGAAGAAAAGAGAGAAAUACUCAGAAAGGCUUUGGCAGAUGUGGAAGUAGGGAUAUCAAUACGUCAGGUUGCUAAAAAAUAUUCAGUAGGCCGUAACACUAUAAGAAAAUACUUACAAAUGGGCCUGGAUAAUGGCCCAAAAACAAAUACUAUGCCUUGGCUGCCUGCUGAUGUAGAAAGGGAUAUAGUAGACUGGUGCCUUGAAAUGGCUAGGAUUGGCCAUCCUCAGACCAAACAGUGUCUGCCAUUGGUAGUCCAGCGUAUUCUUAAUCAAAAGGAGAAGAAAAUUUUCCAAAAUGAAAAUCUACCGUCUCAUGGAUGGAUAAACAGAUUCGUGAAGCGACACCCUGAGUUGUCCAACCGGAUACCAGAAAAUCUUGGUCACUUGAGGGCUUCCAUAACUCCAAAUAACAUCUUCACCUUUUUUCAAAACUUGGAAGGCUUUUUAGUGGCUGAGGGUCUAAAAGCAAAUGAAUUUUUAAGCCCAGAUAAUGCAUCGCAAGUUUUCACAUGCAAUAAGACAGGUAUUGUCAUCAGUGCACAAGAUGGGGCUUCCAAGGUUUGGGAUAAAAAGGGUACUGUGGCUUCUUGUAAAGUGUCAGGAAUGGGGAAGCCCUUGAUGACUGUCCUGUGCUGUGCUUCAGCUGAUGGAAGUCUCAUGAGGCCUUUUAUAGUUAAUAAAGGGAAAACUCCGACUGAAUAUGUGAAGCACCAGGACUUGGAAGCAGAUUCUUACCAUAGAGGGUGCUCUGAUUCUGGGUUGAUGACAGCAGACCUGUUUCAUGACUGGCUAGGUAACAUUUUUGAGAAUGAGCUUGUGAAAAAGAAUAUUAGAAGACCUGUUCUCUUAAUUCUGGAUGGCUUCUUAAGCCACUUAAAUUUGGAAACUCUAAGAUUUGCCCGUGAUAAGAAAAUCCUUAUUUACUACCUUCCUCCCUACUCCUCCCAUGUAAUGCAGCCACUUGAUGUGUCUGUAUUCAAGCCACUCAAGGCAGAGUACAGAAGGGUAUACAAUAAAGUCUGGGGGGAAAUUUCAUCCAAGGACAUGCCAAUGAAACAUUUCCCAUAUAUAUUAAUGAAUUCCAUCAAAGAAGUUAAUAUACCUGAAAAUAUAAUACGUGGUUUCCGGUCGACAGGUUUGGUCCCUUUCAACCCCAAUGCCAUCGGCGCCUCCACGUUUUUUACUGCAGAAAAACUUGUGGAUGCUUCUCCUGUCCAACUUCUGGAGACCUCUAAAGUUACAUCAGUAGUAGCAACCUCAUCUUACGAGGAAAUCAGAAAGGCUUUGGCAGAGGUGGAAGCAGGGAUAUCAAUACGUCAGAUUGCUAAGAAAUAUUCAAUAGGCCGUAACACUAUAAGAAAAUACUUACAAAUGGGCCUGGAUAAGAGCCCACAAAAGGGUGUGCCAUGGCUGCCUGCUGAUGUAGAAAGGGAUAUAGUAGACUGGUGCCUCGAGAUGGCUAGGAUUGGCCAUCCUCAGACCAAACAGAGUCUGCCAUUGGUAGUCCAGCAUAUUCUUAAUCAAAAGAAGAAGAAAAUUUUCCAAAAUAGAAAUAUACAGACUCAUGGAUGGAUGAACAAAUUCCUGAAGCGACACCCUGAGGUGUCCGACCAAUUAUCGGAAAAUCUAGGUCAGUUGAAGGGUACCUUAACCUCAAAAACAAUCUCCACGUUUUUUCAAAACUUGGAAGCCUUUUUAGUGGCUGAGGGCCUAAAUGCAAAUGGGUUUUUAAGCCCAGAUAAUGCAUCGCAAGUUUUCACCUGCAAUAAGACAGGUAUUGUCAUCAGUGCACAAGAUGGGGCUUCCAAGGUUUGUGAUAAAAAGGGUAAUGUGGCUUCUUGUAAAGUGUCAGGAAUGGGGAAGCCCUUGAUGACUGUCCUGUGCUGUGCUUCAGCUGAUGGAAGUCUCAUGAGGCCUUUUAUAGUUAAUAAAGGGAAAACUCCGACUGAAUAUGUGAAGCACCAGGACUUGGAAGCAGAUUCUUACCAUAGAGGGUGCUCUGAUUCUGGGUUAAUGACAGCAGACCUGUUUCAUGACUGGCUAGGUAACAUUUUUGAAAAUGAGCUUGUGAAAAAGAAUAUUAGAAGACCUGUUCUCUUAAUUCUGGAUGGCUUCUUAAGCCACUUAAAUUUGGAAACUCUAAGAUUUGCCCGUGAUAAGAAAAUCCUUAUUUACUACCUUCCUCCCUACUCCUCCCAUGUAAUGCAGCCACUUGAUGUGUCUGUAUACAAGCCACUCAAGGCAGAGUACAGAAGGGUAUACAAUAAAGUCUGGGGGGAACUUUCAGCCGUGGACAUGCCAAAAAAACAUUUCCCAUAUGUAUUAACGAUGGCCAUCAGAGAAGGCAAUAUGUCUGAAAAUAUAAUACGUGGAUUCCGGUCGACAGGUUUGGUCCCUUUCAACCCCAAUGCCAUCGACACCUCCGAGUUUGUUACGGCAGAAAAAGAAGAGGAUGCUUCUGCUGUCCAACUUCCGGAGACCUCUACAGUUACAUCAGUAGUAGAACCCACAUCUUAUGCAUCUUAUGAGGAAAUCUUCAACCAAGGUUUUAUCAUGGGACAAAGAGCACAGCUGAAACGUUUAGAGGCUGUGGUCCCACUGGAUGAAUUAGCCCUUUACAAAACGAGGAAGACUGAUUUAGGUUGGGUUCAUUUCCCAAGCACGCCUUACAUGGUAUGGAGGGAACUUGAGAUGAUUAAGCUGUGUCCUGCUGAGAGGAAUCCAUAUGCUGGGGAAACUCAGCCUCUGGCAGAUGCUAGUGAGAUUGCACCUUUCCCACAAGCAAUUCCCUCUAAAAGUGGGCUUCAGUACCAACUUAGUAGUAGUGACAUCUCUUUACCUGGCCCAUCUGGGAUUCCCUCUGCAACAACACCUCCAGGAAUUGCUGAGCAAACAUCAGACUGUAAAAGAUACUUGAAGAUGAAAGAAAGGAAGGAAAGGCUAUUUGAAGAGAAAAAGGAGCAGCGUAAGAAGGAAAGAGAGGCAAAAAAGCUGGCAAGAAGAAGCAAAGCAAAGGGAAGGGGAAAGGCAAGAGCACUGCCCAAACGCAAAUGCUAGACGAAGACAAUGUUUGAGUGAUUUCAAUGGUGUUGAGGAACUGAGAGUAUUCGAAACAGAGGAAAAUUUCAAUGGGGCUUAACUGCAAUUGGGUAGUGUAAAGGGAACAACAUCCUGUGGAAAUGCUGUUAAUCAAAGAAGAGAAAGAGAAUUUGGAGGAGGAUCUUACUGGAAAUGCAGAUGAUGGAAGACUCUUAUAUGCAGACCCCUUAUUAGAAGUCAAGGCAGAACCAGAAUCUUUUGGCCAUAGUGAAUUUGAUGUGAACUGUUCAUUCCGACCUAUUAAGUAUGAGGAAGAGGACAACAGUUCUCCAAGCUUUGAUGAUGAAAGUGGACAGAAGAUCUAUAUUGAGAAGAAAAUAGACAUUUGGGUAGGACAGAAAUACUUUCAAAAAUAAAACACAGCAGGGAAGCAAAUGCCAUGCCGAGUGCCAAAGGACAUUUUCACAGAAAUGAUCUCAAAACACACAUGAGAACUCAUACGGGAGAGAAACCAUAUAGUACUUGCUCUGCAUGUCAAAGAAGUCUUUCUAGUCAAAGUCAUCUCAAAAUACUUAUGAGAACUCAUAUGGGAGAGAAACCAUACACUUAUUCUUUAUGUCGAAGGAGGUUUGCUGAUUCAAGUCAUCGCACAAAACACGUGAGAAUCAUACAGAAGAAAUACCAAGACCUUAAAGAAAGGGAACUGAAGGAAAUAGAAACAAUACCUGUGGUUGUAGGGGCAACAGGACUUAUAAAGAAAAACCUGAGAAAAUAUCUUUAGGCAAUACCAAGUUGACCAAGUAUAAAUGAGGUGCAGAUUUCUGCUCUGAAAGGAACUGAAAACACCUUGAAAAAAUCCCUAGAUGUGCAACCACAGACCCUAGGUUGGGACUCAUUGCACCCCUGGUAUAGAUUGAAAAUUAAGAAUAACAUAAGCCAAAGAGAGAAACCAUAUGCUUGCUCUAUAUGUCAAAGAAGUUUUUCAAUUGAAAGCCAUCCAAAAAAACACAUGAGAAGUCAUAGAGGACUGAAACUAUUCACUUGCUCUGUUUGUCAAAGAAGUUUUUCUGUUUCAAGUCAUCUCAAAACAGGCAAGAAUUGACACAAGACAGAAACUUUAUAUUUGAACUUUGUCCAAGUAGUUUUUCUAGUUCUGUAAUUCUCAAAGUACUUAUUGGAAAUCCUUGUAGAGAGAGGACAUUCUCCAGUACUAAUGUAAAGAAUGUUGGACAAUUUCAAAUACUAUUAGAGAAACUCAUGAAAAUUCAUAAAAUUUAGAGGGCAAUUAAAUGUACUGGAAGUGUGAUAGGUUUUUAGUAUUACUCUGCUCUUAAAAAAGAUUGUGGGAACCCAUAUUGGAGAGAAGCCAUUCUCAUUUCAUGAAUGCCAAGGUCUCUCGAAACGUGUGUGAAAACUCAUACUAGAAAGAAGUCAUUUACAUAAAACUGACUUAGUGGAAGUCAGAGAUUGAUUGUUACAUUAAACAUCAAUGAAAAUUAGGUUCAUUUUUAUUUGAUUAAUUUUUGAUAUGUUCUUUAAUAUUCUAGGCAAAGUCAUGUUUCAGCGUAUUAUUUUGUUUUAAGCUAACCAGUCAGUGUGUUGAGCCAGAACUUGCUUUGUAAGAGAAUGAAGUACUGUACGUACGUGUAUUCUGUUUUAAGCUAACGUCCCAGAAGUGUUGAGGUAGAACUUACUUUGUAAAUGAAUAAAGCGCUGUAUUAUUGUGCUCUGUUUUAAACUAACCAGUCAGAAGUGUUGAGCCAGGACUUGCUUUGUAAAUAACUGUACAUAUUACUGUAUAACUAAUAAAACGAUUGGUCGUUAUUUGGUUGAAACAAUCGAUACUAUUGUUCCAUUAGUUCUCCUACCUUCCAAUGUUUAUCAUUAAGUGACAAGGUGACUUCUGUCACAUAGGGUGCAGAAGCAGUAGACAGGUUUUGGAUGGCAAUCUGAGAGGUUCUGGGAAACCUUAGCUGAGAAGGAGCAUGGGUGAAUGGCACUACUGGAGCAGCUGGAAGUCAUGUUUAAUACCUGAUUGACUGCAACAGGAGGAUGAGGACUCGGCCAUCUAUGUGUGUUCAACAAUUCUUGUGAAUUUGUCCAUUUGUUUAUUUUGCUGCUUGGGUUAUGUGUCUGGUAUUUACUUUAGAUCAUGCUGCCUAUUUGUGUGUUGUUAUUGUUAUCAUGCUGUCGGUGUGAUUGCCGGUUUGUUAUUAAAAUGAUUGAUUUUUGGUGUCGAGCAAGUGUAUGGCUCUGGUAAUAAUGAUGAUGUGUUUUUCAUCAUUAUAUGUAUUGUGGUGUCGAGGAAGUGUGAUUUUCACCACUGAUUUAUUUAUCUAGUUAAUUCAUUGAUUUGAAAGUUUAUUUGUUGAUUAUUUUGGUAAAUGAUCUCUGUAUUUUUGCCACCCAAAUCCUGGUUUCACUUGUAUAUUAUGUAAAUUACUGUAAAUAGUUUAUUAUUAAAGUAAUUUUUUUUU